CCGCGCGCCCCGCUGCAGCUGCUGCUCCUGCUCGCCGCGCUGUGCUGCGGCUCCGCCGCGGGGCUCUUCCCCUUCGGAGAGCCCGACUUCUCCUACAAGCGCUCCAACUGCAAGCCCAUCCCCGCGCCCAUGCUGCUGUGCCGCGGCAUCGAGUACCAGAGCAUGCGGCUGCCCAACCUGCUGGGCCACGAGACGGUGCAGGAGGUGCUGGAGCAGGCCUCCACCUGGAUCCCGCUCGUGCAGAAGCAGUGCCACCCCGACACCAGGAAGUUCCUCUGCUCCCUCUUCGCCCCCGUCUGCAUCGACGACCUCGACGAGAUCAUCCAGCCGUGCCACUCGCUCUGCGAGGAGGUGAAGGAGAGCUGUGCGCCGGUCAUGUCCGCCUUCGGCUUCCCCUGGCCCGACAUGCUGGACUGCAGCAGCUUUCACCUCUGCAUCCCCCUGGCCAGCAGCGACCACAUCCUGCCGGUCACCAGGGAAGCGCCCAAGGUCUGCGAUGCCUGCAAAAACAAAAACGAAGAUGAUAAUGACAUUGUGGAAAACCUCUGCAAGAACGACUUUGCCCUGAAGAUAAAAGUGAAGGAGAUUGCCUACAUCAAUGGGGAUACCAAGAUCACCCCCGAAACAAAGAGCAAAACCAUCUACAAGCUGAACGGGCUGACGGAAAGGGAUCUGAGGAAGAUUGUGCUUUGGCUCAAAGGCGGCCUCCAGUGUACCUGCGACGAGAUGAAUGACAUCAACGUGCCGUACCUGGUGAUGGGGCAGAAGCAAGCCGGGGAGCUGGUGAUCACCUCGCUGAAGCGGUGGCAGAAAGGGCAGCGGGCUUUCAAGCGCUUCUCCCGCAGCAUCCGCAAACUGCAGUGUUAGUUGCCUCUGCUCCUACCACAUCCAGCAGCCGCCUCCAGC